UGGGACCGCUGUUACGCAAGAAUUAUUGCUCUGCGUUCACUCAGCACGGUUGAAGGUGAACUGUGCCAGGAGUGAGGCAUGCUUCGACGCAAAAAAUGUCUAUCUACUUUCGGCGUUCGGCUCGUGAAUUGACUUGUUGGUUGUUGAAAGGAUGUACAAACAGUAGGAGGGUCUGCGCAAUGGUUUUGUGUAGUUGUGUUUCUGUGCCUGGCAGCAGCGUGUGUUUGGAUCGGAACGAUUAGGUGAACUCGGUUGUGGACUGGCAAUGGGGCGGUCUGAGAAGCAUGCAAAGGAUAGUAAGAGAAAUGAAAAGAAAGUGAAAAAAGAUGAAAAACUGAAGAAGAAAAAAGAUAAGAAGAAAUCCUCUUCCAGUUCGUCAAGUUCAGAGCCUGAUGAGAAAGAAACACUCCUGGCCAAUGCGGUUGCCUCCUCCUUUGGCUUGAAACCCAAAGCGCUGAUCUUGAACUCCCGAGUGCAGAAGGUGUCUGACCUAAAGGUUUACUGGAUUGCAUCCAUUUUGGGACGGCAGCACCCAAGUCUCACAGAGCAAAGUCUGAUGCUUGUUGGUGGAGAGUUGUACGAGAUGAAGAAGCACGCGCUAUCCACCUUGAAGCUCAGCGAGCAGACACCUGCAAGUCUCCAAAUCCGUGUUGAAUUGGCUAGUGCUGCAGCAAUGGCUGAGAAGAAGUGGCGGGAUAGACUUCUGACAAUCCUGGACAAAGUUGCUGGUAUGAAUGACCUGAGUGUCAUUGGACAGCGCAACAGUGUGACGUCAAUUCGAAGGGCGGUUGCCUCUGAGAUCGAGCAGCGCAGUUCUGAUGAGGAUAGCAAGGUCCAGUGGCACGUUGAGUUGAAGCAGCUCAUAUCCAACUUCAAGGCAGCCGCAAAGAAAGAUCUAGAUGACAUGGCUGGCAGUCCCAAGACAGAGCCCGGUUCAUCUACAAGGGUGCCAUCUUCUCGUUUCAGGGAAUCAGAGCCUUUGUCGAGUGAGGGCUCAGACAGUUCCAAGAGUGGUUCAACUCCACCUCGACCAGUACAGGCUAAGAAGGCUAAGAAGGAGAAGAAAAGACGCACUCUUCACGGCGAGCAGCGCGACGCUGACAUUUUCCAGGAUCGGUUUGCUCGCAAUGUGAGGCCAUUUGACGCCCCUACAACCAGCUCGGCGAAGGACCAACCAGACGGUGCAGCAACUGCUGAGGAGGAGAACCUGUUUACAUUCUUCAAGGAGGAGCUAAACAGGAUUGUGAAGCACACCAAUGACAUUUCUCUGUUUAUCAAAUGCUUGAUUGCAGAUGGGAUUGACAACGUAAGUUGCCUGCUUGAUGCUGCUGAGUCUGGGUGGAUGCCCACAGCUGAAGUGUGUGGGGCUGCAGCUCGGGAGGUCUUGGGCUGCAUUUCAUGGAAGGGUCGCCAGAGCUGCGUUGCCUUUAUGAAGCAUGUAGCUGAGCCAGACAACCUCGCGAACUACAACAAAAAGGUGAAUGCGCCUGACAAGCUGCCUGACAAGCCGCUGAAUGAGAGAUUGACGCAGGUGGAGGCAACGAAGCCACCUUCUCAGCCGGCUUCACCUGAGAAACCUACCGCGCAUGAGCUCACUUUGGCAAGGAUGCAGCCGGUCCCGCGGAGUCCAAGCUCUGGCUCAGACUAGUGUCUUUUUUGAGCGCCUGGCCAGUUGAAAGGAGGGUCAGGGUGGCUUUAGCAGCUAGAUUUGCAGCUAGAAUUGUUCCUGUAAGCCCGAGACAAACCUGAGUCUGUUCUGCGUGGUGCUG